AUGGACAGCUUCAGCUUGUCUGGCCAAUGGUGGCUUGAGGGUGAUCCAGCAGCACACACAGAAGUUGGUCAACCAACUGAGCCCGCACGGAGAACAAUGCUUUUGGAAAAAUGUGAUGAGCCCUUGGUCUCUGGACUGCCCCACACAGUUUUCAGCAGCUCUUCGUCUAUGUCUGGUAGCUAUUCUCCCGGCUAUGCCAAGACGAACAAGCGAGGGGGUGCUGGGGGAUGGUCUCCAUCCGACAGUGACCAUUAUCAAUGGCUUCAGGUUGACUUUGGCAAUCGGAAGCAGAUCAGUGCCAUUGCGACCCAAGGAAGAUACAGCAGCUCAGACUGGGUGACCCAGUACAGGAUGCUGUAUAGUGAUACCGGGAGAAAUUGGAAGCCCUAUCAUCAAGACGGGAAUAUCUGGGCUUUUCCUGGAAACGUCAACUCUGACAGUGUGGUCCGGCAUGAGUUGCAGCACCCAGUUAUUGCCCGCUACGUGCGCAUCGUACCUCUGGACUGGAACGGAGAAGGCCACAUCGGGCUCAGGAUUGAAGUCUACGGUUGUUCAUACUGGGCUGACGUUAUCAACUUUGAUGGCCAUGUUGUGUUACCAUAUAGAUUCAGAAACAAGAAGAUGAAAACACUGAAAGAUGUCAUUGCCCUGAAAUUUAAAACCUCUGAAAGUGAAGGGGUAAUAUUGCACGGAGAAGGACAGCAAGGGGAUUACAUUACUUUGGAGCUGAAAAGAGCCAAGCUGGUCCUCAGUUUAAACCUAGGGAGCAACCAGCUUGGCCCCAUCUACGGCCACACGUCCGUGACGACAGGCAGCCUGCUGGACGACCACCACUGGCACUCCGUGGUCAUUGAGCGACAGGGACGGAGCAUCAACCUCACGCUGGACAGGAGCCUGCAGCACUUCCGCACCAACGGCGAGUUCGACUACCUGGACCUGGACUACGAGAUAACCUUUGGAGGCAUACCUUUCUCUGGCAAGCCAAGUUCCAGUAGCAGAAAGAAUUUCAAAGGUUGCAUGGAAAGCAUCAACUAUAAUGGCAUCAACAUUACUGAUCUUGCCAGAAGGAAGAAGCUAGAGCCAUCAAAUGUGGGAAAUUUGAGUUUCUCCUGUGUGGAGCCCUAUACGGUGCCUGUCUUUUUCAAUGCUACGAGUUACCUGGAGGUCCCUGGACGGCUCAACCAGGAUCUGUUUUCAGUCAGUUUCCAGUUCAGGACCUGGAACCCCAAUGGUCUCCUGCUCUUCAGUCAGUUUGCAGAUAACCUGGGCAACGUGGAAAUCGACCUGACAGAGAGCAAAGUGGGAGUCCACAUCAACGUCACCCAGACCAAGAUGAGCCAGAUAGAUAUUUCCUCAGGCACUGGGUUGAAUGAUGGACAGUGGCAUGAAGUCCGCUUCCUAGCAAAAGAAAACUUUGCUAUUCUCACCAUUGAUGGAGAUGAAGCAUCAGCAGUUCGAACAAACAGUCCUCUACAGGUUAAAACUGGAGAGAAGUACUUCUUUGGAGGUUUUCUGAACCAGAUGAAUAACUCCAGUCACUCUGUUCUUCAGCCCUCAUUCCAAGGAUGCAUGCAGCUCAUUCAAGUGGAUGAUCAACUUGUAAAUUUAUACGAAGUAGCACAAAGAAAGCCUGGAAGUUUUGCAAAUGUCAGCAUUGACAUGUGCGCCAUCAUAGACAGAUGUGUGCCCAAUCACUGUGAGCAUGGUGGGAAGUGCUCGCAAACGUGGGACAGCUUCAAAUGCACUUGUGAUGAGACAGGAUACAGCGGGGCCACCUGCCACAACUCUAUCUACGAGCCCUCCUGCGAAGCCUACAAGCACCUGGGCCAGACGUCAAAUUACUACUGGAUAGACCCUGAUGGCAGUGGACCCCUGGGGCCUCUCAAGGUGUACUGCAACAUGACAGAGGACAAAGUGUGGACCAUAGUGUCUCACGACUUGCAGAUGCAGACAACUGUGGUAGGCUACAACCCAGAAAAGUACUCAGUGACACAACUCGUCUACAGUGCCUCCAUGGAUCAGAUCAGCGCCAUCACCAGCAGCGCCGAGUACUGUGAGCAGUACGUCUCCUACUUCUGCAAGAUGUCCAGGUUGUUGAACACCCCAGAUGGAAGUCCUUACACUUGGUGGGUUGGCAAAGCCAAUGAGAAGCACUACUACUGGGGAGGCUCCGGACCUGGCAUUCAGAAGUGCGCCUGUGGCAUUGAGCGUAACUGCACAGACCCCAAGUACUACUGUAACUGCGACGCUGAUUACAAGCAGUGGAGGAAGGAUGCUGGCUUCUUAUCCUACAAAGAUCACCUGCCCGUGAGCCAGGUGGUGGUUGGAGAUACCGAUCGGCAAGGCUCAGAAGCCAAACUGAGUGUGGGUCCCCUCCGCUGCCAAGGAGACAGGAAUUAUUGGAAUGCCGCCUCUUUUCCAAACCCGUCAUCCUACCUGCACUUCUCUACUUUCCAAGGGGAAACCAGUGCUGACAUUUCCUUCUACUUCAAAACAUUAACCCCCAGGGGAGUGUUUCUUGAAAAUCUGGGGAAAACAGAUUUCAUCAAGCUGGAACUGAAAUCUGCCAACGAAGUAUCCUUCUCAUUUGAUGUCGGAAAUGGGCCUGUGGAGAUUGUGGUGCGGUCGCCCUCCCCUCUCAAUGACGACCAGUGGCACAGGGUCACCGCGGAGCGGAACGUGAAGCAGGCCAGUCUGCAGGUGGAUCGGCUGCCCCAGCAGAUCCGCAAGGCCCCGACAGAAGGUCACACUCGCCUGGAACUCUACAGCCAGCUCUUCGUCGGUGGCGCUGGAGGGCAACAAGGCUUCCUGGGCUGCAUUCGCUCCCUGAGGAUGAAUGGGGUGACCCUUGACCUGGAGGAAAGAGCCAAAGUCACAUCCGGCUUCAAAUCGGGAUGCUCCGGCCACUGCACCAGUUAUGGAACGAACUGUGAAAAUGGAGGCAAAUGCAUAGAGAAAUACCAUGGGUACUCCUGCGAUUGCACUAACACAGCCUAUGAUGGGACAUUUUGCAACAAAGAUGUUGGUGCAUUUUUUGAAGAAGGGAUGUGGCUGCGGUAUAACUUCCAGGCCCCAGUGGUCAGCGCGAGAGACUCAGGCAGCCGGGCCGAGAACUCUCUGGAGCAGCAGAACUCGCCCCCGGACCUGGCCCAGGAGGAGAUCCGCUUCAGCUUCAGCACCACCAAGGCGCCCUGCAUCCUCCUCUAUGUCAGCUCCCUCACCACCGACUUCCUGGCAGUUGUUGUCAAACCCACUGGAAGCUUACAGAUUCGGUACAACCUGGGAGGCACCAAAGAGCCCUAUAACAUUGACCCAGACCACAGGAACAUGGCCAAUGGGCAGCCCCACAGUGUGAAUAUCACCCGUCGUGAGAAGACCAUCAUUCUCAAGCUUGACCACUAUCCUGCACUGAGUUACCAUCUGCCAAGUUCAUCUGACACACUCUUCAAUUCUCCCAAGUCGCUCUUCCUUGGAAAAGUUAUCGAAACAGGGAAGAUUGACCAAGAGAUCCACAAAUACAACACGCCAGGAUUCACCGGUUGCCUCUCCAGAGUCCAGUUCAACCAGAUCGCCCCUCUCAAGGCCGCCUUGAGGCAGACGAACGCCUCGGCCCACGUGCACAUCCAGGGCGAGCUGGUGGAAUCCAACUGCGGUGCCUCCCCGCUGACACUGUCCCCCAUGUCGUCUGCUACAGACCCCUGGCAUUUGGAUCACUUGGAUUCAGCCAGUGCUGAUUUCCCAUACAAUCCAGGACAAGGGCAAGCUAUAAGAAACGGUGUCAACAGAAACUCCGCUAUCAUUGGAGGGGUCAUUGCUGUGGUGAUUUUCACCAUCCUGUGCACCUUGGUCUUCCUCAUUCGGUACAUGUUUCGUCACAAGGGCACCUACCACACCAAUGAAGCAAAGGGAGCAGAGUCAGCAGAGAGCGCAGAUGCUGCCAUCAUGAACAACGACCCCAACUUCACAGAGACCAUUGAUGAAAGCAAAAAGGAGUGGCUCAUUUGA